AGUAGGAUUUGAGACGAAUUUGUUUUGAUUUUGAACGUUCAUUGUGUGGAGUAAAGAAAUACCAACUGACUCAAUUGAAUUUGCUACCCAACACUAAUUUGAUAGAAAAUGUCUAAACUAGAGUUGUUGCGUGUGUUUUUGAAUGAGCGUUUAAUGGCUACUGCUGUGGAGAUUUUCGGGGCAGUUGAGAAAACGGUAGUUGUGUACCAGGAGGAGAAUGAUCGGCUACGGAGACUGCUGCGGAUCACACCGAAGAUAACAUGUAUAGACUCCCUGCAGCUCUCUCCCGUAGUUUCUGAAGAGGAGGUUCCCCCUGAGCAGCAGCACUGUGAGCAGGAGUGGAGUCUCAGUCUGGGGCAGGAGGACCUAGAGCACACACAGAUUAAAGAGGAACAGGAGAAACUCGGCACCAGUCUGGAGGAAGAGCAGCUUCAAAGGCUGGAGGCUGAUAUCAUAGAGUUUAAAUUCACUCCUUUCUGUGUGAAAAGUGAAUGUGAUCAGGAGGACCCACUUUGGUCCUUGACUCUUCCCCAAAACCAGACUAUGGAGAACAGAGAGAGUGACUCUAAACCAGUGGAUCCUAAACCUUUUGGCACUGUGACCCACCUAAAGGGUCUCGACAAUCCCUGUGGCCCUCCAGAUAAUCAAAACAAUGACUCCAGCCACUGCUCAGUCAUAAGCCGCGACCCAGUAGGACUUGACAGCAGCCCACCAUUGGGGGAACACUAUUCCAAACCCAUCACCACGUCUAGAAAAACUCACCGCUGCUGUGACUGUGGUGAAACGUUUUCUCUGAAAGCUGACCUGCAGAGGCAUGUUACUCUCCCCAAGAAGAGACCCAGUGAAUGCUGCUUCUGCAAUACACACUACAACUCCACCUGUAAACUGAAGGCCCAUGUCCAACUCUGUCACAGUGGGAAACCCUGCACCUGUCCUGUUUGUGGCAAGACCUUCAAACUGAAAGGAGAUCUGUCCAAGCACAUGAUGAUUAACACAGAAGAGAAACCAUUUAGCUGUGUUGACUCUGGGAAGAGCUUCAAUCUCAAAGAACACUUAACCGUGCAUAUACUGACUGACGCAGAAAAGAAACCAUUUAGCUGUGGUGUCUGUGGAAAAGGCUUUAGUCAGAAGGGGUCCCUUAAGAAGCAUAUAUUUACUCACACAGGAGAGAAACGAUUUAGCUGUAGUGACUGUGGGAAAGGCUUCAAUCAGAAGUGGACCCUAUCUGAACAUAUACGUACUCACACAGGAGAGAAACCAUUUAGCUGUGGUGACUGUGGGAAAAGCUUCAAUUUGAAGGGGAACCUAAGGAAGCAUAAACUGACUCACACAGGAGAUAAACCAUUUAGCUGUGGUGACUGCGGGAAAAGCUUCAAUUUGAAGGGGAACCUAAGGAAGCAUAAACUCACUCACACAGGAGAGAAAACAUUUAGCUGUUGUGACUGUGGGAAGAGCUUCAAUCUCAAGCAACACCUAAACAUGCAUAAAUUGACUCACACAGGAGAGAAACCAUUUAGCUGUGGUGACUGUGGGAAAAGCUUCACUCAAAAGUCUAGCCUGCUGACGCAUAUGAAAACCAUCCACAAAGGAAGAAACCAGGAUGAAAAUUGAUAAAGCAAUUAAAUUAGGACAAAGAGAUCUUAUGUAAGAAGAGGGGAAUGUGCAGGAUGUGCACAUCACUCUACAUCCGGCUGUACAGUUAAUAUGUUGCUGUGUUUUGUAUAUAUAUAUAUAUAUAUAUUUUUUUUUUUUGGGGGAAUGGCAACGUUGCAAGGGGAGAUCAUGCUGUCAUAAUGCAUUUGAUGUAAUGAAUUGUAGGUCCAUUUUGAAUCUGUAGAAUGACUACAUUACCCAUAAUGCUAAUUGACUAGAUUUUACAAAAGUACCAUGGCAAUUAUGCAUCACAAUAAUAAUAUGCAUUUUCACAACAUGCAGCAAUCCAUGGUAUAGAAGGUACGGUAACACUUUACUUGACAUCCAGCGUCAUAACACAUUAUGACACGGUCAUAACCCAUUAUGACACAAUCAUAACCGCUUUACGGCUGGUUAUGACACCUACAGUGCAUUCGGAAAGUAUUCAGACCCCUUGACUUUUUCCACUUUUUUGUUACGUU